UGCCGUCUUGAUGUGCCUGUUCAUGUAGCCUGCGUUUCUUAUCGGCGAUUAUUGACCGCUGUACCAGCUUCCGUUUUCAGAUCCGGUGCGCUGUCUUUAAAAACAGACACAGUAAUGGUUUAAAGGAACGAGAUACAAAAUGUCCAGCCCUCCUUGCGUGAUGUUUGGCCAGGUGGUGAUUGGUCCCCCAGGCUCUGGUAAGACAACCUACUGUCUGGGCAUGCAGGAGUUUCUGACAAAGCUAGGUCGUAAGGUUGUGGUGGUGAACCUUGACCCCGCCAAUGACGGCCUUCCUUACCAGUGCUCGGUGGACAUUGCAGAGCUGGUGACUCUCGAUGAUGUCAUGGACGGGCUAAAACUGGGGCCCAAUGGCGGGCUGAUUUACUGCAUGGAGUACCUGGAGGCCAAUUUUGAUUGGCUGGAGAAGAAACUGGAACAGUUCAAAGGCUGCUAUUUUCUUUUUGACUGCCCUGGACAGGUGGAACUUUACACACACCAGAACUCGGUGAAGAAUAUUUUUGCACAGCUGACAAAGUGGAAUUUUAGGCUGACUGCUGUCCACUUGGUGGAUUCCCAUUACUGUGCAGACCCUGCCAAGUUCAUCUCGGUGCUGUGCACCUCGCUCUCCACCAUGCUGCAUGUGGAACUGCCCCAUGUGAACGUCCUUUCCAAGAUGGAUUUAAUGGAGCAGUUUGGGAAACUUGCAUUCAACCUUGACUAUUACACUGAAGUGCUGGAUCUCUCGUAUUUGUUGGAGCAUUUGGCCUCAGACCCGUUUUUCAAGAAGUUCAAACGCCUGAAUGAAAAGCUUGUGGAAUUGAUUGAAGAUUACAGUCUGGUGUCCUUUGUACCGUUAAACGUGCAGGACAAGGAGAGUAUGGUCCAGGUGAUGAAGGUGGUGGAUAAAGCAAACGGGUACUGCUUCGGGGAUCUGGAAGAAAGAAGCAUGGAGGCAAUGAUGUCAGCAGCAGUGGGAGCGGAUUUUCAUUUUGCUUCGACCUUGGCUGUGCAGGACAAGUAUUUGGAAUCGAAUACAAAGACAGUGGAAGAGGAGGUGAUGGAUCUGUAGGGCCAAGCACAGUACACGUGUGGGUCUUCUGACCAUCCUGAAGAAAAUGUCUAUACCUUCCUUCAAGGGCUUCAAGUAUUGUGCUUGGACACACACACUUGGUGAAACCAUUCAUGGCUCUGAAAAGACCACACAAAUUAUGAUCUUGUGCUCGGUCUGGGAAUAUGAAGAAACGCAUGUAAAUACUGAACAAAAUAUAUCAUGAAAAUAUUGUAUACUGUUUUUGUGAAUUUUGUCAUGACAUUGUCGAAGUUUAUUCUAAACUUAUCUCAGAUCUUCAACAGAAGAGAAAUGGAAAUAUUACUAGUGCUAAUAAGAGGUAUUAGCAUGAUUGUUUUUUUAAUGAUCGUAAGGACCAUAUCUUUAAGUUGUGUCUUUAAUUAACUCCUAUUUUUUUAAAGAGAUAUACAACAUCUGUUAAUGUUACAGAAGUAGAACCAAACGACUGAGUUAUAUAUUGCUCGUAAGCACUCUGUGUGUUUUGUUUUUCAUUAUAUAGAUUUUUUUUUUUCUCCUUUCAAAAAAUAGGAGUUGAUUAAAGAAUAGAGGCAAAGGUAAGGUACUAUUACUUUUAGAUAUGUUUAAAUGUGUGUGUUUUUAGUCUCAUCCCUAAACACCAAGACCACACCUCAGAAAAGCUGGUAUCCACUGUGUGUCCUAGAAGCCUGUUUUCUCAUAUCAAGUAUUGAUUUUAAUCGCAUGAGUUGAAAUUCCUUUUUACCCCCACAAGGGGGCAAAGUGCCGCAUUAGCAAUGGAGCUGCAGGAUUGCCUCCAGAAAGCAUUCUCGGUGAUCAGGAUUUGGGUCUUGCGCAAAACUGUCGAACCCCAAUGUAUUAAGAGCUAUGAAAGCUGUAGAAAUGUAUUUUUUCUAUUGUUAAAUUCCACAGCCGGGUCUGGCUCACUGCAUAGGAGUCCUGCAUCUGAUUGGAGAUUAAUUACAAAGGCAUUUGCUAAAACAUUUGUCUUGACUUGGAAAUUGUAAAAUGGCAUGCAAUAAAAAUAGCAAUAGAUUCAUCGGUCCAUAAGAACACAUGCUUGUUAAGCCGUUACCUUCUCGAAGGAAAUGUCAGGCAUUAGGACCCGCUGAAGAUGGAGUGCCGGUGGUCAGAGAAAGUGUGCUAAGCUGACAACAAUGUCUCACUCAGGUCUGAAAAUGUACUUCAUUAGGAAAACCACACAGAGAUCAGAGGAGCGGGCAGGGGCAACUGCAGGCUCAGCACACACCCAGCCAAUGUGCAGCAGCAGUGUUAUACGCAUUGAGCUGUUUUAUCAUGGGGCACAAUAAAUUACAGAAGGUCCGGAGGUUAUUGGGAUGAGGAACGCGGCGUUUGCAAAUGAUACUUGAUGAUACAGCUUGAGCGGGGUAGCACACUUUGCAGCACUGUGUUGUCAAGUUAAACAUCGCAGCUCAAUUAACAGUGGCAAACACUGACAGCCUCACAAGGAAACCCAGCCUCUUGCAUCUGUGUGUGUUUAAGAUGCAUCUGCUUGAUUAAGGAAGCCUGCCACUUGGAUUAUAUAAGACGAAUCACAUACUGACAAUGAGAGAAUACAAAGGAAUACAAACCGAUCAUGAAAACAUCAAUAAACUAGAGUCACAAAAUACUGUAAGAGCAGUCGGUCUAGACACAGAUAAAACCUCAGACUGGCAGUAUCGCUUUUCAAGUGACCACAAACUCAGUAAAUGUUUGGCCAUUUUUUUAAGGUGCAUAUUUAGUAAAGUUCUUUCUUAGGGCUUUUACAUCUGUAAGUAGAAAAAAAAAAACAGUACAAAAGUUUGUACAUGAUAUUCAUAUGCCAAUCUGAAAAUAUUGCCAGGCUGUUAAAGCCUUCUUAUUUUAAACCAAUGUUGACUGUCUCUCCGAGGCUGAAGGGUUAUUGGUAUGACACCAGUUUGCCAAAUUGUUCCACCCUUUGGGCCUCUCUGUAGCCAGAGCCUGCCCUGGAGGAAUUCAUUUGGAUUUCAUUGCUGAGCUGUUAAUCAUUCUCUAAACUGACAUGUUCCUUCAGUGCGGUCAUGGGACAGUGUUAUUAUCCUCUGUUAACGUACCUGCAGACCUGUGUGAAGACUGUGUAGUUUGUAAUAUGCAUUUCACCUGGGGAAACCUCCCGGGUAAUGAGAUCUCACCACGUUCGCUUUACAGUGAAAACUGCAGCGCUCCUUAAUUGUACAAAUCUGACAUACUGUUACGUGUGUUGUACUUUGUAAGGGCCCUUCACUAAUUUACUGUUUUCCGAAUGUCUUUUUAUUGUGUGAAAUAACUAGUUAUUAUUAUUAUUAUUAUCAGGAUCAUCCAUCUAUACAAUUAAUACAGAGCAUGUUAGAAAGCAAACAUUCAAAUCCUGUUAUCUUGCUCAGUGUGAGCUGUACUUAAUAAAAAUUGCGUAGAAUGAGUUUUGAUUAAAUACAUUUUUUUUUCAAGA